AUGAGACUUCCCACCGAACUACGGUUCACCGUGCUCGAGGCUUUGAUCGGACCAGCUAUCUGGCCACGAGCAAAAGUUGAGUGCCGCAAUUGCUAUGCCGACGACAACAGCAGCGAGCCAUGCUACGCGCUGCUGGAAUCACAAGAAGAACGUGGUACCAUUGACGACGAAACCAUCAUUUAUGACUCGGAAGACGAAGAACUUCCCGCGCUCAUGAGUGAGGGCGAGAUUGAAAAGUCCGAAACUUGCAUGAGGAGCCUGCUCCUGGUCAGCCGACAGUUCAGCUUCGAAUUCCAGAAGAUGCUCUGGGAGUCCACCGUCAAGCGCUACACCCGUCUCCAUACUAUGGGCGCAUCUAUCCCGCUACUUCAGUCGGUGAAAUCCAUGACUGGCUUCAACACCCUCAGUCGGUUAGCACUCAGCAUGAGCAACAGCCAGUUUUUCCGUCUCUUAGGUUUCCGAAGCAGUGGGAAGCGCGGAUUCAAGCCUUGCACUUCGUCUGGAGAAUUCACCCUUGAUAUCCUCACCAACCUCAACCUUGAUCACUUUCAUUUCGACUUCCAGAUUCCCAACAAUCCGUUUAGCGACGAGACUUUCAGUAUCAACGACCCGUGGCGCCAUGUUCACGAUAUGCUCCGCAAUACGGCUUCCUGUCAGAGGAAGUUUGUUGAUCUGUUCUUCGUAUUGGCGUUCGAUCGCCUGAGGAAUGUUCCCAAGGUGACCUUCUCUGGUUACUUCAAGGAGAGCAAUCUAGAAACAUGGGAAGAAAUCUUGGCAGCAUCGCGGAGGACUCUUGAUUGUGAUAUGAGUUUGAAGGUAUCAACGAUCAUGUCCAUGCCUGCCGACAAAUUGUGA